UGAAAUUUGAGCAUCUCUUUUUGACCGACACCGUUGUUUCUUCGAAGAUGCGAAAAACAUAAAGCAUUCCUUUCCUCUUUCCCUUUUCCUCCAAUUUGCAGGUCAAUCGAGUCUUUCUGUUCUUAAAUUCCUCUUCAUCUUAGCUGCCCGAUCAAUGGCUGCUUCUUCUUCUUUUGGCCGUCAAUGGAAACACGAUGUGUUCAUCAAUUUCAGAGGGGAAGACACUCGCAAGGGCUUCGUCAGCCAUCUUUACAGAGCUCUGCGUCAGAAACCAAUCAACACCUUCAUCGAUGCCCAAGAGCUCAGAAAGGGCGACCGCCUUUCCGAGCUCCUGACAGCGAUUCGAGAGUCAAGGCUUUCGAUUGUUGUUUUCUCUCAAAACUAUGCUUCUUCCACUUGGUGCUUGAAAGAACUCGUGGAAAUCUUGGAAUGCAAGGAUACCAAGAACCAGAUUGUACUCCCCAUUUUCUACGAAGUUGAUCCGUCUGAUGUUCGUAAACUCAAGGGAAGAUUCGCGGAAGCUUUUGCUCAGCACGAUCACGAUUCUAACGCUGAAAUGGAAGAGGUUCAGAGCUGGAGAUCCGCUCUUACAAUUGCCACCAGUUUAUCUGGCUGGGAUUCGCGAAACUAUGAGGAGGAUGCAAAGCUUAUUGAGGAAAUUGUGGAAGAUGUUUUGAGAAAAUUGAGGCACAUCUCAUCAACACCAUGCAAAGAUAAUGACUUGGUUGAAAUGGAUUCUCAUAUUCAUGAAAUGCAUUUACGAUUACAUCCUGAUCCUCCUGGGGUGGAGUUGGAUGAUGUUCGCAUUGUAGGAAUAUGGGGUAUGGGUGGUUUAGGCAAAACAACCAUCGCUAGAGCUGUUUACAACAAAACCGCUUGUCAAUUUGAAGCAUGUUGUUUUCUUGAAAAUGUCAAGGAGGGUUUCAUGAAGCAUGGCGAACUACAUAUGCAGACACAACUUCUAUCUAGUAUCUCGGGCAACAAGGUGGGGAGUUCCGACAUAUCGAAAAAUGGUUUCCAGGUGAUGUUAAAAAACCUUGGUCACAAAAAACUUCUUCUUGUUGUUGAUGAUGUUGACAAAUUAGCUCAAAUUGAAGCCUUACUCGGAAAGGAACAUUCUUUUGGUGGGGGAAGUAGAAUCAUUAUAACAACUAGAGAUGUGCAAUUACUAAGCGGAGCUAAUGCAAUAUAUAGCCCCAAGGUUUUCAAUGAUGCUGGAGCUCUAGAACUCUUUAGGCGGUACGCCUUCAGAACAAAGCAAUCCACCAAAGAUUAUGAUAAUCUUUCGAGGCGUGUCAUACAAUAUGCUCAGGGUCUGCCUUUAGCACUCAAAGUUUUGGGAGCUUUUCUUGAUAACAAAACUAUACGCGAGUGGAAAGAUGUGUUAGAAAAAAUAAGGAAAAUCCCACAAAGGGAAAUUCAUGAUGUGCUUAAAACAAGCUACGAUGGACUAGAUGACACAGAGAAGGACAUCUUUCUAGAUAUUGCAUGUUUCUUUAAAGGAAUGCAAAAAAACUAUGCAAUUGAAAUUAUGGAUGGUUGUGGUUUCUAUCCUCAUAGUGGUAUAAGAGUUCUAAUUGAUCGAGCUCUCAUAACUGUCUCAUGGAGGGGGGAACUGGAGAUGCAUGAUUCACUACAGGAAAUGGGUCGGGAAAUAGUUCGCCAAGAAUCUAUCAAAGAGCCAGGGAGACGAAGCAGGUUGUGGAGUUAUGGAGAUGUUCAUCAUGUGCUAACUCAAAAUACGGGUACAGAAGCAGUUGAAAGCAUAAUCCUGGAUUUGUCGAUCUCAGAUGAGGUAUGCCUAAAUGCUGAAGCUUUUGAUAGUAUGAAUCAACUAAGACUUCUCAGGAUAAGUCAUUCUUACGACAAACAACACCUGAUUGGGCGCUUAAAGUUUCUUUCUCGUGAGUUGAGGUGUCUCUACUGGCAUGGAUCCCCCCUUAAAUCUUUGCCAUCCAACUUUCAAUUCAAAAAUCUUGUUGACCUUGACAUGCAAUAUAGUCGCAUUGAACGACUUUGGGAAGGAACGCAGACGCUGGGGAAGUUGAAAUUCAUCAAUUUAAGCUAUUGUGAAUACCUUAAGGAAACCCCUGACUUCACAAAGGUGCCAAAUCUUGAGAGGCUAAUUUUUGUAGGUUGUAUAAGUUUGGUUGAGGUUCACCCAUCUAUUUCGACUCUUACAAACCUUGUUUUAUUGGAUCUGAGGGGCUGCAACGAACUUAUGAUUCUAAGUCUUUCAAGCAGCAUUCGUAUGAAAUCUCUCAAAAUCCUUGAUCUUUCUGGCUGCUCGAGUCUUGAGAUGUUUCCAGAGAUUUUAGAAAUUAUGGAGGAACUACAAACGCUUGAUAUAUCUGGGUCAAAAAUUAAAGAAGUACCCUCGUCAAUUAAUAAUCUCACGGGAUUGAGAUAUUUGAACCUAAAAGAUUGCAAGGAACUCAAGAGUCUUCCAAGCAUCAUUCAUAUGAGAUCUCUCAUAACCCUUGAUCUUUCUGGCUGCUCGAGUCUUGAGAUGUUUCCAGAGAUUUUAGAAGUUAUGGAGGAACUACAAACGCUUGAUAUAUCUGGGUCAAAAAUUAAAGAACUACCCUCGUCAAUUAAUAAUCUCACAGGAUUGAGAUAUUUGAACCUAAAAGAUUGCAAGGAACUCAAGAGUCUUCCAAGCAUCAUUCAUAUGAGAUCUCUCAUAACCCUUGAUCUUUCUGGCUGCUCGAGUCUUGAGAUGUUUCCAGAGAUUUUAGAAGUUAUGGAGGAACUACCAGAGCUUAAUUUAUCCGAGUCAAAAAUUAAAGAAUUGCCCUCAUCAAUUAAUAAUCUCACGGGGUUGAGAUAUUUGAAACUAACAAAUUGCAAGGAACUCAAGAACCUUCCAAGCAUUCGUAUGAAAUCUCUCAAAAUCCUUGAUCUUUCUGGUUGCUCGAGUCUUGAGAUGUUUCCAGAGAUUUUAGAAGUUAUGGAAGAACUACCAGAGCUUAAUUUAUCCGGGUUAAAAAUUGAAGAAUUGCCCUCAUCUAUUAAUAAUCUCACGGGGUUGAGAUAUUUGAAACUAACAAAUUGCAAGGAACUCAAGAGCCUUCCAAGCAUUCGUAUGAAAUCUCUCGUAACCCUUGAUCUUUCUGGCUGCUCGAGUCUUGAAAUGUUUCCUGAGAUUUUAGAAGUUAUGGAGGAACUACAAAAGCUUAAUUUAUUCGGGUCAAAAAUUAAAGAAUUGCCCUCAUCAAUUAAUAAUCUCACAGGGUUGAGAUAUUUGGACCUGAAAGAUUGCAAGGAACUCAAGAGUCUUCCAAGCUUCAUUCAUAUGAGAUCUCUCGCAGCCCUUAAUCUUUAUGGCUGCUCGAGUCUUGCGAUGUUUCCAGAGAUUUUAGAAGUUAUGGAUCAACUAAUAGGGCUUGAUUUAUCCGGAUCAAAAAUUAAAGAAUUGCCCUCGUCAAUUAAUUGUCUCACGGGAUUGAGAAUUUUGAUCCUAAAAGAUUGCAAAGAACUCAAGACUCUCCCAAGUAGCAUUUGUCAACUUCAAUCCCUAUAUUAUCUCUCUCUUUCUGGUUGUACAAAAUUUGAGGUGUUUCCAAACAUUGAAGAAAAUAUGGAAGAAUUAAGAGCGCUUCAUUUGGAUGGAACAUCUAUCAAAGAGCUUCCCCCCUCGAUUGAACGGCUUCAGCAGCUUGUGUUAUUAAAUCUGGGAAACUGCGAAAGCCUUGUGCAUCUUCCCGACACUUUCUGUAAUUUGGCGCGCCCUUUAGCUGCCAAUCUCAGUGGGUGCACAAAUCUUUCUCAAUUUCCCGUCGACUAUGAGGAUUUAGCACGCUUGUGGGAUUAUCAAGUAGAUAUUGGAAGGGGCGUGCUGAAUUUGACACGUAUAUUACUCUCCUAAACAUCAUCGGCAUCCACUACAGAGCUCCGCCUUGGCUAGGGUUCCUCUCCGCCCCAACCCCCCAAUUUCUAGAAACUGUGAAGAUAUUGCUAUGUCAUUUCCCAUUGCAAAUUUGGGUGAAAGCUGCUGGAAAGGGGUCGCAUGAAAAUUUCUCUUCUGGGAGUUAUGGAGGAGUUGGGGAGGAAGAUCAGAGUAUUCAGCAGCUGAGAUUCAAAGCUGCUUCGCUUUCUUUCUCAAGUGUUUCAUCAAGGAAGAAGAUGAAACCAAAUGAACCCAAUAUCCGGAUUCCGAAAUCUUCAUGACCUGUAGAAGAGGAAAGGCCAUUGAGAUUAUUCCUAGUGCAUGCUGAAACAGAAUCUCAACAAAACAUUACGCUGUUGAUUUAAUCAUCAACUAUAGUGUUGUGGCUUAGGAAGAUAUCAGAAUUUAUGUUUGGGAUGAGCUUCCUGCCAAAAGAGAGUGAAAUUAAGGAGAGGAUUAAGAAGACCAAGUAAAGAAGAGGCGUGGUUUUGCAAUCUAUGACUGCGACUGUGACAGCUUUGAGGUUCGUUUUGGCGUCAUCAUCCCCAUGUGAGCAAAUCCAUGCUCAGAAAUCAGAGAUGAGAGCCCCAAGACCGUUGCCUACACCACCGUCUCAGAAAACCUGAACCCAGAUCUCGCGAGAUUCAGGCUCCACACGAGCGGAUCCAAAGGCCAAACCUCCAAUCUUGGAGUCGACACGCCCAGAGGAGAAACAUUCACUGAUGUUGUUGGGAGCCCUUACUGUGUGGUGCCAGAAGUACUACGGAAGCACUAUGACGAUAAACCAUAUUGAGAGUGGAGGAAUCAACUUCUUUUGAGCUCAAUUUUUACCAACUUGGAAUUUAAGGGAGAUGUUUAAAUUAGAUGCAGAGUACAUGAUGUCCGUUUGUGGUGACAAUGGUUUACGAGAGAUUUCUUCACCGGGGAAAAGUGGCAGUAUUUUCUAUAUUUCUCAUGAUGAUAGAUUUUUCAUCAAGACUUUAAGAAAAACUGAACUGAAGGUUAUGCUGAAGAUGCUGCCUAGAUAUUAUAGCCAUGUAGACGAACAUGAAAACACUCUCAUCACAAAAAAAUUUGGGCUCCAUUGGAUAACGUUAAAAGGUGGAAAAAAGGAACGGUUUAUGGUCAUGGGGAAUAUGUUUUGCACUGAAUUACGAAUUCAUCGCCGUUAUGAUUUGAAGGGUUCAACUAUUGGAAGAUGUACAGACAAAGAUAAAAUUGAUGAGAAUACCACAUUGAAAGAUCUCGAUCUGAAAUUUGAAUUUCAUAUGGACAAACUGUUGCGAGGAG